AGUAAUUUUAAUUAUUAUGGUGUGUUCCCGUUGAGAGGUAAAUUGCUUAAUGUGAGGGAAGCAAGCCAUAAACAGAUCAUGGAGAACGCUGAAAUUCAGAGCAUCAAGCAGAUUCUUGGACUUCAGCAUGGAAAACAGUAUGACAGUGUGAAGACUUUGAGAUAUGGUCAUUUGAUGAUCAUGACUGAUCAGGACCAUGAUGGAUCACAUAUUAAAGGGCUGUUGAUUAAUUUUAUUCAUUCAUUUUGGCCAUCGUUGCUAAAAAUUCCUUCUUUCUUAGUUGAGUUCAUUACACCUAUUGUGAAGGUAUGUACUCCCUGUCCAAUCUUACUUCCAUUACUGUCUAGUGGAACUGAAAGUGAAGUUUAUAAUAACUGGUAUUUAUUGUUGCACAGGCUACUCACAAAAAUGGGAAAGUUCUAG